CAACAGUAAAAUAUGGUGGUGGUAGUGUGAUGGUCUGAGGCUGUUUUGCUGCUUCAGGACCUGGAAAACUUGCUGUGAUAAAUGAAACCAUGAAUUCUGCUGUCCACCAAAAUAACCUGUUGGAGAAUGUCCGGCAAUCUUGUUCUUGACCUCAUGCUGAAACCAACUUGGGUUCUUCAGUAGGACAAUGAUCCAAACCAGCAAGUCCACCUCUGAAUGGACUGAAUGAAAACAAAAUGAAGACUUUGGAGUAGCCUAGUCAAAGUCCUGACCUGAAUCCUAUUGAGAUGCUGUGGCAUGACCUUAAAAAGGCUUCAUGCUGGAAAAGCCUCCAAUGUGGCUGAAUGACAACAAUUCUGCAAAGAUGAGUGGGCCAACAUUCCUCCACUGUGCUGUAAGAGACUCAUUGCAAGUUGUUGAUUGCAGUUGUUGUUGCUAAGGGUGGCCCAACCGGGUAACAUUUACAGUUUUUCUCGAUUGUUUAAUCACAUUUUCUGAAAGGAUGCCUCAUAUUCUCAGAACUCUACACACAAAUCCUAAAAUCACUCACAUAUUUCUGAAAACCCCUAAAUUCUCCUGCAAAAUGAAACUUUACAUCCAAAACAGUCUUUAUUCUUCUCAAAAUGGGGUUUUGUCUCCAAAUGACGCACACAAACCACUAUAUGAACAAACAUUUAUAUGAACCAGUUGAACACUGAUGUGCUCAAUGUAAAACACUGUGAUUACAUCAUAUUCAUCAUGACUCGGGCCUUUUUGUGUUCAGUGUGACACUUCUUGCAAAAUGUUUUAGAAUUGUUUUUUGGUAUUUUUUUGACUCAGAACACAAAAUUACACAGAAAUAUAUAUAUUUUUUCACAGUAAAACAAUGUACAAAGUGUUCAUCACAGCCAACACAAAGUUCCACAUACAGUGGUCUGCAUCUAAAUGUAUACAGCUUCAGUUAAAGAAAUAAUAAUAAUCAUCAACAAAAAAUCAAUCAAUAACAAAGCAAAAGACUAUGCUGCAUCACGUCUUCUGUUUGGGUCAGGCCACAGCACCUCAUCUACAUCACAUGCAAGGUUUUCUCUGGCCAAGCAGCGGGGGAAAUAUCGCCUAGCAUGGCGAAUCCAGCCAUGGAAAGCAUCCGCUGGAAUCUCUCCACAUGCAUCUUCCAUAGCUUGGAGAAGGGGAUUGUGUGUUUGUGGAUUUCUGACCCUUUGCCCAGCCUCCCUCAUUGUUAGACCGCUAAUUGUAAAAAUGUAUGACAGGUGUUUACCCAUGUGAUGAGUCAGUGUGAAUAAUAGGAAUAUUCAUUUGACUGUUUUGAGUGGCAUUGUGUUCUUUGUGAAAACAAGAAGUUUACUUCAUGAAAAUUGUGCCAAAACUCAGAAUUGUGUGUAAUGUUUUGAAAAAAGUGUGUUGUAGAUCUGCAGUCUGAGCGUAAAGCAGGAAUUGUGCUUAUAGUUUAGCAGACUUGGUUCAUGGAGUUGGUGCAUUGGUUAUAUGUUGUGGUCAUUGGGUCUCAGGCAUCACAAAUUGUGUGAAAACAAUCGAGAAAAAUUGCAAUACAGUACAUGAUAGUAUUAGUUGUUACUGGAAUUAUUAUCACCAAUGGUCUGCCAUCAGUUUACCAAUGAAUGAAACGUACCACAAACAUAUAUUUUGCAUUCUGGUGCUGCAGUAACACCAAUGACAAUUGACAGUUGCACUUAGAGUUCUGUCUCCUUUCCUAAAACCAGACUGAUGUUGUAUGAUCUUGUUCACUUGAAAGAUAUUCACGAAAUUUAACCCCAAAAGCAGGUGCUGCAAUAAUCGGUUUGCAUACCCAAAGAAUGCCUGUACAACCUGUCAGAAACCGUAUCAGGGAUGCUGAAUGCAACAGGCCAGAAAAUAGCAAGAAAUAGGAAAAGUUUUGGAUCUCUGAGUUCAACUUUGAGUUUGUGUUGCGUUUAGGUUUUUGUAAACUGCAUGUACAACAUAACUUAAAUCCCAUGUUAUGCCAUGUGAUGGAGAAGGUAUUCUUGCUGUUCCUGACAUGCAUGGAACAGAAAGACGAAUGGACAUGCUAUAUACAGCUGCAGCAGAUUUGUUCGGGUCACGUUACAUCACAGCUAUUUAUAACUUCCAUUGUGUCUCGAGGGUUGAAAUUAAAAGGCUGGGCAACAAGAUCAACAGCUGGUAAUGGGGUGUAAUUGUGUUGCUAAUUAGUUGUGAUUAUGUAUAUAAUGAUUCAAAUAAAAACAUAGAAGUGAAGUGUUCAUUAGAGCAGUUCAGAAUGGCUGAUUUGUCUAUUAUUGUCAGGGAAUCCAUCAUCAUUAUUAUAUUUGUGGUCGUUUUUGAUAUGAGAAUUACCGUAUAUUGAUUUUUGAUUUUAUUACAUUUUUUAUUUGGACUUCUAUUGGCCAACUUAAAGCAGUAUUCUUCAGUUUUUACUGUACUGUCAGGAGGAGAGGUCAUUCUGUAUUUAUGCAUCCACUGUAUCUCUAUCAGUCACAUAUUGGUGUAAGCAGCUUUGGUUUAUCUUCUAGUGCUAUUUGUAUUAAUCCCCAAGGUUAUUUGCUAGGGAUGUCUUGAUAUCACUUCAUUGAUAUCGGCACACGAGUAAAGACCUCGCUAGCUCAGUAGUUUCACCUUUGCAUUGUAAACUUGCAAUUUGCAAGUGAGAUGUAAGCCAUCUUCCUCUAACACUUGUAAUCGUAAUAUUGUGAUAUUCGAACGUGAUUCUUGACUCGACUGUUCCCAAAGACACAAUGUGGGAGAGAGAUCAACACCUUCGUCCUCAACACCACCUUCCUGUUUUGCCAUGAGUUAUUUCUUGAAUUCAGUAAUGUUUCUCACCUCAGUAUGUUGUAAUGUUGCCAAAGAAUGAUGCAAGUGCCCGUAUCAGAGACAGAGGAGAAAUACUUUAGAUCCUGCACCAAAACCGCAAAGUCCAGAGUGAGAAACAAUUCAAUAAAUAACUCAGGACAAAACAGGAAGGUGGUGUUGAAGAGGAAGGUGAUGUCUUUGAGAACAGUUACAUCUUCGAUGAAGGUAAAAGCAACCUUAAAUGUUCUUUCAUUCAUCAUUUAUAUGCAUUUGAAAUAGCUUUAUGCGUGUAAAACUAUAAUUGUUUAUGAGAAUUUUUGAGAGUUAAUCACUGAUGACAUCAUAGACGUGUGACAAAGCAGAGGAUGCUCACGUGGGACGCUCGGCGUCUUGUACGCUACCUGGUAAAUGUAUGUAAACCAAGGCAAAAUUUGGGACUACAUUUUUUACUCUAACUGAAACACAUGCGAACAAAGGUUUUAUUUAUUUCACUGUAUUCUAUAAUGGAAAUGGUAAUGGUAAUGGUUUUAUUUCAUUUGAACAUGCAUCAGAUUACAAUUGAGUGCAUCCCAUAAUCAGUUCCCAGUUCCACAUGUCCAAAAGGAGUAGGAAGAAGCAAAGCUUAUUAAAUCCUACCCCUCCAUCUGGUACUUUUACAAUCAGUAACUGUUACAUUUGUUCACUUCCUGCUUUCCAUAAUAAUAAUAAUGAUGAUGGUGAUGAUGAUGGUGAUAUGACCAUCCAAUGACAUAAUGUGUACCAUAGUAAGUGUCAAUAUAGUGAUAUGUAGGUCAAGGGCGAGACUCGGCGGCAGGUUAAGCGUGAUAAGCGGGUCAUGUGACUGUCGCUAGCAACUGUUGCUCCGUUGCCGUCGCUGUGUUCAAGUGCAGUGUUAACGCUUUUUACCGCUUAUCCUUGACUUUUAAAUCUUUUAAAACCUUUUUUUUUCUUUUUGAAUCACAUCUCCACAUUUGGUGACGCUCGGCGCGAGACAGAGGUGGCUUGGUGGUGGCCCCAGUCGUUAGCCGUGGAAGCUAACGUAGCUAGCUAACUUUUUAGCUGUGACGCUUGUACCUCAUUAUGCCAACAUUGGACGCUGCCGACUCGCCGGGAAAGUUGGAACAAAUGCUGAACAAAGCAUACGAGAAGAUCGCUCACCUUCUCGAGGACAUCGAGCGGAUGUCAAAUGAACUCCAGAGGAAGGAUUCAGUGCUGAUCUCCCUCAAGACCCGUUUCCCGACGCUGACCAACUGGCUGGAGACCUCUCGAUUCGGUGAGUUCGCUCCGCCGAACACCACCUCCGUGCUCGGGCAAACGGUUCUUUGGGACCCGUCCUCCCCCUGUCGGCGGCCCGCCUGCUCCACUCCAAACAAGGGGACCCCCUGGACCGAAGUGGUUGUCCGCGGGCGGAAGAGGGCUCCGAGCGGGACUCACGGCGGGGCUGCUUCUCCUCCGUUACCGCUCUCCAAUAAAUACACGGCUCUGUCCGUGAGCGAAAAGCCGGCGACCCGGGACCCACACCAAGAGUCAACAUCUGUUGCUGUGGCCACAGGCACCAUGCCCCCGCUGACGGACACCACAACCUUCCCUCCACUCACGGCCAGCAGCCCUCCGGUUGGUGGGUGUCCAACAGGGAGCCGUCUGCCGGCACAGGAGCCGACCCGCUCCGCAACUCGGCGUAAGCAGCUCGUGAGGGAUGCGGUGCGCCACCACUCGUCCCACUCGUCCCGCUCUUCCCACCUGGCGAGGUAUCACACACGGGGCCCUGGUUUGGGUGGUGGGGUGGCUGAGCUGGCCUGUUCCCCUGAAGACCGAGCGGCCGCUCCGACAACCCUGGUCAUCGGGGACUCCAUUGUGAGGCAUGUCCGCAUGAGGGAGGCGUUAACUUUGUCGUUCCCCGGAGCCACCGUUUCCGACGUAACCGGGAAAAUACCAGACAUCCUGAACUCUCAUCCGCAGGCGAAAAGGAUUAUUAUCCACGCAGUCCAAAGUGACUGUUUUUAUUUCUGGCCCCACCCCCACCUGCGGCAGAGGGAUCGGCAGAUUCAGCCGUCUGCUGAGUCUCAACACCUGGCUCUCCUCUGCCUGCAACUCCCACCACGUCGGCUUCAUCAACAACUUUGAUGUUUUCUGGGAGAGACGACACCUCUUUGGACCUGACGGGCUUCAUCUUAACAGAGGAGGUGCCCGCAUGCUCUCAUCCAACCUGACUUUUGGCCUUCAACAUGGUAUCAUCCCCAAACCCACACCUGUUGCUCUGUCCCACUCUGAUUGAUGUCCCCCAGGUCCAUGCUCCUAUUCACUCAGUUCCACCUCUGACUACCAUACACAUAAUACUGGACUUGGACCUCAAACUUACAUCAACACUACUUCCAUUCCAGUAAUCAUUACACUAUAUCGACACAUCAGACACCGCCAUACUCACCCUGUGAACCCUCAUAACCUCCGACCACUCAAUAGACACCCAUACCCCACCUCCAUGAUCAACAAGCCACCUGUCACCAUCAAUGUAGCACUUUUUAAUGUCCGCUCUCUUUUAAAUAGAACCUUUUUAAUGAAUGAUAUGAUUUUAGAUAAUAAGUUAGACUGUCUUCUUUUAACUGAGACAUGGCUUGGUACUGACGCAUCCGUUGUUCUCACUGAGGCCUGCCCACCAAAUUUUAAUUUUUUAUAUUCUACUAGAGAGGGUAAAAGAGGAGGUGGGACGGCAUCCAUCACAAAUGACUCACUGACCUCAAAUGGAGUGUAUUUUAACAGUUACAAGUCAUUUGAGCACCAUGCCUUUACUUUUAGCAGCCCUCCGAUUCUUUGUGUCACUGUAUACAGACCACCCCAUCACUCUAGUUCUUUUAUUAGUGAAUUCUCGGAAUUUUUAUCAAUCAUUCACACUUCUUAUAACAGGAUUUUAUUAUCUGGUGAUUUUAAUCUACAUGUUGAUGACACCUCGGAUCCAAUAUCCAGAGAGUUUUUUAACC